GGUAUGGCUUAAAAUUACGUAUUAGUUGAGUGAUUAUAAUAUAAUAGUUGGUGAAAACCUAACAAAUAUAGGAAUGAUGAAUAAAUGAUUUUGUUUUGAAUAUUCGAAAUACGAAGUCCACGCUCUUCACCCAACAAGGCAACCCUUCCUCCGCCGCGCCGACGCCAUGAAGGAAGCAGCCGAGGAAGAGCCCAUCAUCAAUUCGGUCGUCGCGGACAUACAGCAGCAGCUCCACUCCCUCCUAGAUUCCGUCUCCAGCGUCCAAAUCCUCAAGGGCAAAUGGUCGCUCAUAACCACCAAGCUCACAACUUUACACAACCGCCUCUCCGACCUAUCCAGUUCCGCCGCCUCCGCCGCCGCCAAUAACCCUCUCUCAUCAGACCUCCUCCGCUCCAUCUCCGCCACGUGCUCAGCCGCCGCCUCCCUCUCCGCACUCUGCCACUCCCCCACUCCCCCCGGCGGCAAGCUCAAAACCCAGAACGACAUCGACUCCUUGUCGGCCAAGCUCGACGCCCACACCAACGAUCUCGAAGUAAUCGUCAAAAGCGGUGUGCUCGCCGAGAACGCCGACGUCUCGGCGUCUAUCGUCUCCUCCAGUAGGAGAGAAUCCGUCCGGGCCGAGGUCCGGUACUUGAUGACCCGACUGCAGAUCGGGUCUACCGAGUCCAAGAGCUCCGCUCUCGAAUCGCUCCUCGGGCUUUUUCAGGAAGACGGUAAGAACUUGCUGAUUGCGGUGGCUCAGGGGAUAGUUCCGGUGCUCGUGCACCUUCUCGACUGCACCAGUUCCUCCGAAUUGAAGGAGAAAUCCGUGAGUGCGAUCGCCAAAAUCUCGACCGAGGAUUCGAGCAAGCACGUUUUGCUGGCCGAGGGUUUGGUAUUGUUGAACAAUUUGAUGCGGGUGCUCGAAUCCGGUAGCGUAUUCGCCAAGGAGAAGUCGUGCAUCGCGCUUAGGGUUUUGAGCAAUUCCAAGGAAAACGCGAGGGCGAUUGGAUCGAGAGGAGGAAUUUCGUCACUGUUGGAUAUCUGUCGAGAAGGCACCCCCAAUUCGCAGGCGCUGGCAGCUGGGGUUUUGCGGAAUUUAGCCGUUUUCGAAGACGUGAGGGAGAAUUUCAUCGAGGAAAACACAGUCUUGAUAUUACUGGCAUUGUGCAAUUCAGGUACAGCAUUAGCGCAGGAGAAUGCGAUUGGGUGCUUGUGCAAUUUGGUGGCGAAAGACAAUGAUUUGAAACUGUUGGUCGCAAGGGAAGGUGGAAUUCAAACGCUCAAAGAUAUCUGGAAUUCUGCUCCUACUGCUCAGAGUCUGGAGGUGGUUGUGGAGAUGGUGAGAGCAAUGGCUUCGUGCCCUAAUAUCGCAGAAUUCCUGGUUGCAAAUGGCUUCCUCAGCCGCGUAGUCGGGGUGUUGAGCUGUGGCGUAUUAGGGGUGAGAAUUGCAGCUGCCAAAGCCCUCUCUCAUUUGGCUUACAAUACCAAAAUAAGGAAGGAAUUGGGAGAAAUGGGGUGCAUUCCGCACCUUGUGAGCAUGCUGGAUGGUAAGGUAGUCGAGGAGAAGGAAGCCGCAGCUGAAUUGUUGUCGAAUCUCAUGAAUUAUGCCGGAAAUAGGAGGAUUUUCAGCAAGGAAGACAAGGGGAUUGUGUGUGCAGUUCAGCUAUUGAAUCCUGCACUAGACACCUUGGAUAAAAAGCAUGUCAUGUCGAUAUUAGGAUCCCUGCUGCAUAGCAAGAAAUGCCAGAAGCAGAUAGUGGCGGCCGGCGCCCCUGCUCACUUGCAGAAGCUCGUGGAGGCGGAUGUUGAGGGUGCUAAGAAGCUCCUCGACAGCCUUGGCCGGGGGAAGCUGUGGGGCGUCUUCGCCCGCUCUUGACAACGCCCGAGGUGAUCGUGCCUCAGUCUCUAUGUAAAAUAAUUUAUCUGUUGUUGGGUUCCUGUUUUGUUAGUUUUUUUACACAUUGUUCAUAAGCUGUGGUAAAAGUUUCUGGUAGGAAAAGUAAAUGUGGUUAGCUGAUGAAAGUUUGUGCUGCUUGUAUAACUAACAUGAUUAGUUAUUUGUGUUCAUUUAUGUUCAAAUGAAAUGCAAUAAACUCAAUUGACAUGAGGCAA